AUGCUGUCUCCAAAAAGCAGUCCUAAGCGGCGCUCCACUUUUGUCAAAAAUUUCAGAAAAAAGAGACAAGCAACCGAAAUCAAGCUUAGGGAUAUGUCGUUCACUGCUCUCCCUCCUAUAAUUGAAGAAGAAAAACCCCGAAAAAAUAGUUUGAUUACACCAAGAAGCAGCAUGGUUGACGAAAAGUUCUGUGAAAGCUUAGAUAUAAAAAGCUCGCUAUAUGAUGAUGUAACAACCCAAGGGUCAGUAUCUGGCCGUAACUCAGUGCUAUCUAACUACUCUAUGGAUAACUUUGAUAGGCUAAACAAUUCAACUAUUGAUGACGACAUCAGGGAGGAGACAAUCGAACUUACUUUACCCAAAAAAUAUGGGCCAUUUCCAAGAGAAAAAGCAAUAACAACAGAUAAUCGGAGCGAAAAUAAUAAAGCUACGCAGAUUACGGCAGAAGAAAAUUCAAACUGCAGUUAUGAAUCUAACGAUUCUUAUUCAUGGAAGGUGAAUUCGUUGACUGCCUUCUUGGCGGCAUCGUCUGCGUUAAUAAUUGGCUUCUUUUAG